AUGGUUCCAUCCCAUUUUUUCCUAUCUUUCAGAAAAAAAAGAUGUAUAUGUUGGAUAUGUUUGGAGGAAUCCACAUAUGACUCUACGUGGCUACAGCACACAUGCGGUUGUAACUUACAAAUUCAUAAACGUUGCUAUAUAAGAUGGCUGUAUCGGAUGCAUGUUGAACUUUUUCUUCCAGACUCAGUGGAUUCACCAAAGGGUGCUGAUUUACCCAUAGUUACCUGUCUCAAAUGUCUCGUUGAUGGGCACCAUGAUUUUAUGACAACCUUCUCCCUGACAGAAAUAUGGGAAACACGUCCUAUUUGGGGGCAAAAGCCAGUACCGUUUCAAGAUGAUUACGUGUUCAAUCUGAUGUCUUUUUAUACCAAACGAAAUAAUCAUCCACCUUAUGUGUUAGUGAAAUUUGGCGAAUGUCCUCAAUGCAAGAAAACAAAUUUUAUAGGAAGACCUACUAUAACUAUUCAGUCUCCUAUACUGUCCUUAUUUUACCAGUGGCAAAAAAUUACACGAUACGUGAUCCCAUUAGGGAUCACUAGUUUAUUUCUUCUAAAUCCUGAAAAAACAAGUUUUGAUCUUGGAUUGUGGCAAUUACGCUGCCUGUUUCCUGAGAAUGUUUUAAGAAAUAUGUUAAACAUCAGCACUACAAAGGCAUUGGACGUAUAUGCGCAAACUGAACGCGGUCUAUUAAGCAUUCCUCUAACCUCUUCAAUCAUAAUAUAUGGAUUCUUACAUUACCUUAGCAAUAUUUCUAAUGCCAGUGCUAAUGCAAUACUCUUUAAGUGGGUGUACCUCAGUAUUGUUAAGUCUACCGGAAACAAGUACUACAAGGGGAUAGGGUUGCCUAAAAUAAUUUUGUACUCUAACUUGGCCACAUUUUGCUAUAAUUUUAGCUUUAAGAGGUUGCUCGACUUAAUUUACAGGAGAUUGAUUAAUAAAGGAGCCAAAUAUUUAUAUCAUGGAGAUUUUGAAAACGCCAAUCAUAUCGUCCCAGUUGAUGAAUUUUUUAUUAGGCGGAGUUGGUAUACUGUUCUGGCAGAAAAGAUACUGUGGCCGUUCGUUGGUAAAUAUACAGGAGGUCUUCUAUUAAAUGUUUUUCUAUGGGUACAGAGAAAGUUUAAAAUCAAAUGGUCGCCAAAUUGCUCUCCUUCAGAAUUUAGAAUGAUUUUCAAUAUUGUAGGUUGCGGCACUGCUGCUAUUGGUUGGUCAAGUUUGAGGCUCUAUGCAAGUUACAAAAGAUGUCAGGAACUUGAAAAAAUCAAUGGAUUUAUUGACCAAAAUUGCAAGGAUGAGUAA